CGAAGCACCGCGCGGCGGCGGAGGAGGGCUCUUGGGCAGCGGCGGCGGGGCGCUGAAGCCGCUCGGCGGCGCCGGAGGUGCACCACUCGGAAGCGCGGGCGGCGGGCUCGUCGGCAGCAUGGGCGGUGGGCUCAUCGGCAAUGCUGGGGGCGGCGAGGUGGGGAGCGCAGGCGGCGGCGACAUGGGCGCAGCACGGGCCGGCGGCGGUGGUGCCGGUGCGUCGUAAGCCUCGUCCUCGUCGCUCGCAACCUCUUCCUCCUGCACCUGCCGAUGCACACCGCUCGGCACCGGCGGGCGCAUCGACGUGCGGCGAGCCGACGACUCGCCAUCGCCGAUGCUCACGACUGAGCCGCGGCGGUUCGGGUCCGGGAUGCUGCGCGUCGGGGCCGGCGAGGUGGGCAGAGGCGGAGGCGACAGCGGCGCGGGCGGAGGCGGCGGGCGUGACGCCGGCGGGAUGGGCGGCGGGCUGGCGAGGCGCUGUAGCUCUGCCGGCUGCUGCGCCGGUGUAUCGUCCUCAGGCGCAGGCGCCUCGCUGACGACGGGCUCGAUCUCGCCUGCCUCCGGCUCGGGCUCAGGCUCGCGGCGACGGGCCGGCAUGGGCGCUCCCAUGAUCGGCGGCGGCAUGCCAGGCAGGCCGCCCAUGCGCUGUCCACCGAGACGCGCCAUGCGCUGCGCCAAUCUGGCGCGGCGCUGCGCCUCUUCCUCCUCCUCUGUCAGCUCUGCCGGUGCGGCGUCUGCGGCGGCUUCGGGCUCGACGGGCUGAGGCUCGGAGGGUUGCGUAGCUGGCUCGGCUACGAACGCAGUGUGAGCACAAUGUCGGCUGCACGCCGCGAGAUAACUCACGUUC